AUGUUCCGCUUCGUAUAUGCCCCCAUCCGCCUCCCCAUACCCAUCCCCAUCCGCCUCCAGCUCUACCCCUACCAAACUAACCAAAGAUAAACUAAAAAGCACAAAACCCUCGACGUCCUAACGCUCUUCCACGCCCCUGCCUCCACCGCUUCCAAGCGCAUCCUGGAAACCCUGCGCUCGAGCCCGACAGCGCACAAAAAGUCCUUCGAGCUCGACGUCGUCGAGGCGCCCACGGUGCCGACGCCCACGCAGUUGAGCUCGAUACUGGACUUCAUCGGGAAGAACCGGGUCGCGGAGGUGGUCCCCGGCGCUAGGAGUGAAGGGGAUGCGGUCAGGAUGCUUAGCGGGGGGGAGGCGGGGAGAAUGGUUAGACCGCUUCUGGUCGAUUGGAAUAAUGGACGGGCGGUGGUCGGCGGGGAUGAGGGUGCUGUUUUGAGGCUGUUGGAAACGUUGCCGGGGAAUUGA